UAGCUGACGUACCACCGGAACUGGAGGCGGAGGCUGCCUAUGGCGCUUGAAAUCGGGAUACGCGUAGCUUCUUCCUGCGGGCGUCAGAUACCUCUGUCGUCUUCUAUCACCUUUGAUCUUGUACUUCAAGCCCAGAGAAGACUUGGUAAAUGCUGGUCUAAGGGCCUCUCGUGGUGCUGAGGUCAAAGCCAGGGCCUUGACAGAGCAAGCAAACGCUGUACCCGGGAGCUGCACCUCAGGAGAGGAUUGUAGAAGACCACAAUGUUUACCAACUGGAGGAUUUUUGCAGUGAAUCGUCAGAAAACGUUCAGUGUGCACAUUCAUACCACGUGUUACUGUAAAAUAAAAGCUAAUUUAAAAAGAUCAAAGACUCAGGUGCCUCUUACAAGAAGCUACAGUUCCCCACCAGGCAUUGUAGGAAAUGAAGUCAAAUCUCUUCAUUCCAUCAUUAACCCCCCUGUGGCCAAAAUCCGUAAUAUUGGAAUUAUGGCCCAUAUUGACGCAGGCAAAACCACCACCACAGAGAGGAUUUUGUACUAUUCCGGAUACACAAGAUCACUGGGAGAUGUCGAUGAUGGGGACACAGUGACGGAUUUCAUGGCUCAAGAGCGAGAAAGGGGCAUUACCAUCCAAUCAGCAGCCGUGACUCUUGACUGGAAAGGGUAUAGAGUCAACCUGAUUGAUACGCCAGGUCACGUAGACUUUACCCUGGAGGUUGAGCGCUGCUUGAGGGUGUUGGAUGGUGCGGUGGCCGUGUUUGAUGCCUCUGCUGGUGUGGAGGCUCAGACUCUCACUGUAUGGAGGCAAGCUGACAAACACAAGAUACCCCGGAUCUGCUUUCUAAACAAGAUGGACAAGACUGGAGCAAGUUUUAACUAUGCAGUUGAAAGCAUCAGGGAGAAGUUAAAGGCAAAGCCCCUGAUUUUACAGCUGCCAAUUGGGGAAGCCAGGACUUUCCAAGGAGUGGUGGAUGUGGUAAACAGAGAAAAGCUUAUUUGGAACUCUGACUCUGAUGACGGAAAAGACUUCGAGAGAAAGCCCCUCUCAGAAGCGAGCGAUCCGACAUUGCUAAAGGAGACAGUCGAAGCAAGGAACUCCCUAAUUGAGCAAGUUGCAGAUCUAGAUGAUGAAUUUGCUGACUUGGUUUUAGGUGAAUUUAGUGAAGAUUUUGAUUUGGUGCCAGCUGAAAAGCUACAGGCUGCAAUACACAGAGUGACACUGGCUCAGGCUGCAGUGCCCGUGCUGUGUGGGAGUGCCUUGAAAAACAAGGGCGUUCAGCCUCUGCUGGAUGCUGUGACCACUUACCUGCCAUCACCUGAGGAGCGUGAGCACGGGUUUCUGCAGUGGUAUAAAGGAGACUUGUGUGCACUGGCAUUUAAAGUGCUGCAUGAUAAACAGCGAGGACCCCUGGUUUUCCUGCGCAUUUACUCGGGUACACUGACGCCCCAGUCGGCUGUCCAUAACGUUAAUAGAAACUGCACGGAAAGAAUGAGUCGUCUGCUUCUGCCAUUUGCUGACCAACACGUAGAGAUCCCUUCCCUGACGGCUGGUAACAUUGCUUUGACAGUUGGGCUUAAACAGACUGCCACUGGAGACACCAUAGUCUCGUCCAAGUCUAGCGCUUUAGCUGCAGCUCGCAGAGCCGGAAAAGGAGAGAGGAAGCCUGGAAGGAUCAGUGAAGCAGAGAGUGUACUGUUGGCCGGCGUGGAGAUCCCAGAGCCUGUCUUCUUCUGCACCAUAGAACCCCCAUCAGCCGCUAAGCAGCCAGAUUUGGAUCAUGCCUUGGAACACCUUCAGCGUGAAGACCCCAGUUUGAAAGUCAAACUUGACCCUGACUCUGGACAAACUGUCCUGUGUGGUAUGGGGGAGUUACAUAUUGAGAUUAUUCAUGACCGUAUCAAGAGGGAGUAUGGCCUAGAGACCUACCUAGGACCUCUGCAGGUGGCAUACCGGGAAACCAUCUUAAACUCAGUUCGUGCCACAGAUACCCUUGAUAGAGUGCUAGGAGACAAGCGGCAUUUUGCGAGAGCAGAGCUGGAAGUCCGGCCAGCAGAAGAGCCGUGUGGUGUGGCCACGAUUGAGUACGCUGACUCUGUGGGUGAAGACCUGCUGCAGGCCCCUCGGGAGGACAUUGAAAAUGCCGUCCAUAGUGCAUGCCUCCAAGGACCUUUACUUGGCUCCCCAAUCCAGGAUGUGGCAGUGACAUUACACUCACUGAUGAUUCAUCCUGGCACCUCCACAACUAUGGUCACUGCCUGCAUCUCACGGUGUGUGCAGAAGGCCCUGAAGAAAGCUGACAAGCAGGUGCUGGAACCUCUGAUGAGUCUUGAGGUCACAGUGAGUAGAGAGUACCUCAGCCCUGUCCUGGCCGAUUUGGCACAAAGAAGAGGGAACAUUCAGGAAAUUCAGACUCGCCAAGACAACAAAGUUGUUCUAGGAUUUGUUCCUUUAGCAGAAAUUAUGGGAUAUUCAACUGUGCUUCGAACCCUGACAUCAGGCUCAGCUACUUUUGCCUUGGAGCUGUCUACUUAUCAAGCCAUGAGUCCACAAGACCAAAGGACUCUGCUCAGCCAGAGAAGUGGUUUGGCCCGUAUGCUGUAGGCCCUUGGAAACGGGGAAAGCUGGGCACUUGCCAGCUUCAUUCUCAGUGAGAAUGCUGUUCUAUUAACUGGCUGGUAAACUGCUGCUUCGCCCUGUGGAAAGAACUUGAACAAGACAUGGAAGAAUGGCAUUGGAGCUGCCAUCCUAAGACUGUUGAACCUGCUCUGCUGUAACGCACCACGGCUGGGCCCUGGUUGUCUCUCACCUCUCUGGUGCGGUGAUAAAAUAACCCAGUCAGGGCAGCUUAUAAAAGGGUUUCUUUUCUCAACAGGAAGCUGAGAUAGUCCUUCUUUAACCUCAAGCACAGAGUAGAGUGUAGACUAGAUGUAGGGCCAGGCAGUGAAUUCUCCAAGUUCACCUAGUGAUGAACUUCCUCAGGCUACGCCACCUAAACUCCCCAAACAGCACGCUCCCUGGGAACCAAGAGUCUUUUGCCUACAUGGAGGCCUGGUGCCUGUGGAGGUCAGAUGUAGAUGUUAUGCCUCUCCCCCACCAAACUGGAAUUAUGGUGUGGUUAUGAAGAACUGAACUCUGGUCCUCUGCAGGAACAAGUGUUCUUAAAUACUUGAGCCUUCUUUCUGGCCCACCAUUUCUCAUUUAACCAUUGCAGUGAUGAGAGUACCAUGCAGUGCUGGAGUUCUGAGUAGUAGUGCAAAGCUUUUUCUUUUAUUUUUUUUAAGCUGCUCACAUAAAAGAUGUCAGUAUUCAGUGUUUGAUUCAGAUAUAGAAAGAUUCAAUCAAUAAAAAGAUAGUUUAUUUAAAAAAUAGCCUAACAAAUAUUAAUUUACAUGAUUUCAGAAUCAACAUGAUUAGAGCUGUAGUGCUGUAGACUUCUGUCACUUUUCCAUUUUAUUCUCGUAGUUACAAUAUCCAGUAAAGAGAGGUUGUGCAGCUAUUCCGCGGCUGUAGACAGAUAGACAGAGAUGUUUUAGAUGGGUGGCACCUUAGCAAAUCCCCCACCUUUCGCAGUGAUUUAAUAUUCUUUUUUUUUUUUUCUUUUUUUUCGGAGCUGGGGACCGAACCCAGGGCCUUGCGCUCGCUAGGCAAGCGCUCUACCGCUGAGCUAAAUCCCCAACCCUGUGAUUUAAUAUUCUAAUCCAAGCUACUAACUCCUUUAAGAUGGCAGUUAUUCUAAAAUACAUCUUACAGGGGUUAUUCUCCUGCAACAAUGAGUGCAGUUUCUACCAAUUAAAUCAUUAGUUCCUGGGUAACAUUUUUAUUUAUUGCAAAACAAAAAGCUGAAGAAACUAGUUAACACUGAAUGCUGGACUUCAGUACGAGAUCCUGGAUCGGGAAGGAAGUGUCUCACCUGACCAUUCUACAGCGGUGCACUGCCAGUCGUCUGUAGGCGUUUUCCAGGUUGGUGAUAAUUCUAGGGCUCCAGAGCCUCUCACCAACAGCGCUUGCCCGAGGCCUGAAAUUUAAAAUAUGUGGCUCCCAAAGCAGUUUAGAUUUCUUUUGUCACCUAUAUAAGGAGAUUCUCAAGAGCUCUCCUGCAUACAUGUAUAAUAAAAGCCAAGGCAGCCUUCAGGCCACUCGGCGCCCCUUGAAUGCCUUACCAUAGUCUUGGAAUAAGGUUAGUUGCAUCCACAUAUUCUCCCCAUAGGCAAGCCUCUCCACCAAUAACAAGUUGUUUCUGCUUCUCCGAACCUGCGUUACAAUGGUUAAGGGACAGAGGUUAAGCUGUACAACACUGGUUUCCUUCCUAGAGUCAUCCUACCACACCGCUCCAUACCCUCCUGUAGGCAGCAGAACCUUUAUUCCCACCCUGGCUCAGUGCUAUUCAACAUAAUGGAGGGUUGUGGUGGGCUUGUGGUAGAGAUGCUUUCCUAGGUCCUACACAGACUCGUGUGGACACUGCGUUCAACCUUUCCCUGCAUCUCCUGUUAGUGGUGUGCCAGAAAUCAUAAGAUGGAAUAUUAGCUUCAUUUUAAGACUUAGAUUUAGGAGGAGAGAACGGGAGUUAUGGAAGAAACCAGCAGCCAUGAUGUCUGCUUUGCUUACCUUCAAAGUUAAGGGGCUCCGCUUUAUAGUAGUUUCUCCAGUCUUGCCCGUAGCUGAUCAGGUCUAAGUACCAAGGAGCAGAAAGGAUGGCAGGGAAGCCGGAUGCUGUGACUUGUGCUAAUUCAUUUAAGUAAUUUUCACUUUUCCACACUUCAACUACCGUGCCCGGCUGAAGCUAUUAAAGGCAUUAGGUCCAGUCAAUACAGUCUCACAGGUUUAUGGGAUCAUGAUUGGUAAACAUACAUUUCUAAGAUCUUAGAAAAAUCCUACAUCCUUUUUUUCUUUUUGCUAAUGGUCAGUGACAUGUGUUAUUCAAAUUAACCUUUAAAGCUGAAUAAUUAACUUCUGUCUAUAGCUAAUACCUCAGAGACGGGUAAGAUUUGUACCUUAGACCUAUUUCUACCACACUGAUGUUGUACUUAACUUGGAACAAUGAGAUUGUCACCAGCCCCCUAGAAAGGUAAUGCUGGGGUCUUGUGAGAGAUAAGUCUAUCAGAAAAAAUAUUCCGGGGUUGGGGAUUUAGCUCAGUGGUAGAGCACUUGCCUAACAAGUGCAAGGCCCUGGGUUCGGUCCCCAGCUCUGAAAAAAAAAAAAAAGAAAAGAAAAAAAAAAAAAAAGAAAAAAUAUUCCUUAAAAGUGUAUACUGAUUUACCUAUUUAUUAUGUAUAUAGCAUUCUGCCUGUGUAUAUGCCUGCACAUCAAAAGACAGCAUCAGAUCCCAUUACAGAUGGUUGUGAGCCACCAUGUGGUUGCCGGGAAUUGAGGACCUCUGGAAGAACAGACAGUGCUCUUAACCACUGAGCCAUCUCUCCAGCCCUGAUUUUACAUAUUUUAAAACUACUAACACUAUUUUUUAAAAGCUCAUUUGUUGUGUUUUGCUCUUAAAAGCAAAAAGGAAAUUAAUUCAUAUUACUUCAACUUGUAAGACAGCAGGGGUUGGGGAUAGAAGGGAGAAGGAAACAGCAGCGUGUGUGUGCGUGUGCAUGGGUAGGUUGGCCACCUGCUCUGAGCCCCUGAUUCCCCUGAGGAAGGCUCUCACUGAACCUGGAGCUGUACUGGAGGCUAGCAAGUCCCGGCGCCUGGCAGUGUUCAGCUUACAGGCACACAUGUCAGCAGGCUGAUGGCUGAUCAGUUUUGGUCCUGUCUGACCACUGCACUGCACUGUCUGUUGGAGACUGAGAUAAUGUUCAUCUCCUUGAGUCUGUAGCAAACAGAGAACAAUGAGCCCUUCAGCCCUCCUCUGUCCAUCUGUCCUGACUGCUGAUGGAACAUUCAACUCUGAAAACAGGUGUCCCAGUCAGGUCCUCAGGCUGGGAUGGCAAACAGCCCUACCACAGAGUGGUCACGGUUCUUACCUCCACUUGAUCAUCAAAAACGUCUUGCCAAACAAUGGAGCUCUUCUUUAAGGAUGUGAUAAUAUCCAAAAUCCUAACAUUGAAGACGUGGACUGUUACUUGGAUCACCAGGUUAGCUCUCCUAAACCCUGUGUGUUUUCUACCCAGAACAUGCCAUGUUCCCUUAUACCUUAUAGUACCUCUUUAAACAGUGUAGCAGAAUUCUCAUUAAUGGUGCGCAUAGCCACUAAUGAGACACUCACUCUUCUCAGAUGUAGCUGCACUUCUGAUCAAGCUCAGACUGUCCCAGAAUGACUUGUGAGACCCUGCCACACAUGAAUAGAGGUCCCUCAGGGAACGCCUCGGGCGAACAGCCUCAACACGGAACUUCCUUCCUAUCCUCUUUAUAGAACCGUGGUUCUCAACCUUCCUGAUGCUGCAACCCUUUAGUAUAGUUGCUCAUGUUGUGGUGACCACACCAUAAAACUAUUAUUGUUGUUACUUCAUAACUAAUUUUGCUACUGUUAUUAGUCAUAAUGUAAGUAGCUGAUAUUUCCAAUGGUCUUAAAGGGGUCACAACCAACAGGUUAAGAGCCACUGGUAUAGAAGAACCAAGUAAAGCUGGGUAGCAAUUCACAUAGCAACUCUCAUGCUUUGGGACCUAGUGUAGUAGGUACUGUCUCUGAAAUAGGGAGGGGUCUCAAACUCAUAAAACUGUCCCAACAGAACUCUAGUAAUCUCUUGGGUUUCCAAAGAUUUCUUGGAAGAAAGGAAACUGGUCAGUUGUUAGCUGGCACAGAUUAGCAUUUAGGCAGUAACAAACACUUGAAUGUCACACAGAAGCUUAAUAGGAACGGUGUCAACUCUGAGCAUCCCAAAUGGAUGGAGCAGAGUAGAGCUGCGAAGCUUUCCCUUUUUCUUUUUAAAAGAGAUUUGCAACUCCACAUGGCCCAUGAUGCCUAAGGGUGGUCUGGUCCCUAUGGGGAAAAAUGUGCUGAUUCCUAGAGAACAGACUGUCCACCAAACUUUUGGGAAGUGGUCUGUCUGUGUUUUCUAACAAGGCAGCCACCACUUCAGUACCAAUUCCCUGGCUGUGGAAUGUUGGAAAUGUCACUGCACUGUGUAAGGAGCAGAGAUGCCCCAGGUCACUCAGGACAAAGGGAGUGAGUUCCAGCCCCUGGAUAGUGCAAAAGACAAAGGGCAGCCAGAGCUCCUAGCAGGCGCAUGGCUUCUCCCUCUAUUUCAGUAGUUACUGCAAAAUGCUUACUGCCUCCUAGGUGUUCUUGGCUCCACUCUUGCAAGCAGUGGGGAAGAUGAGAAGUAAAGCAGAGAGCUAAGUCGCAGCUUGGACUUGUAUGAAAACAGUGGUGAUUAGGCUUUCAGAUGACUUACUUUUUGAUAUAAAAGGAUUCUAGUCUUCUAAAAUUGUUGCCAAAGCCCUUUUUCUUCAUGAAAUUUUGGAUGUUUGGGUUUGAUGCCCUUAAAUAAAACAGUGGGAUGUUAUAAACA